UUCUACAGUGAUCGUUUGUCUUGUGGACCUCAGAUUCGUUUACUUGAACCAGAUUGUUUCAAACAAAAACAAAGCAACCAAAGGGCACAUCUUUACUCAUUGAUUUCAUAUCCAUUUUUCAGUGGCAAAGUUGAACAUGAUAAUGAGAACAGAGAAGAGAAAGAGAAAGCAAUAAAAGAGAGGGGAAAGACUGGAAAGCUGCAGCUGGCUUUCCUACUUGGCCUUCUCCAGUAACGUGGCUAGUCAACUCCGACGUGUCUGAAGAUGGCCCCUCGCCGGUCGGUGGCUCCUGGGCGGCCACAAUAUGCGGCUCUUAUUGUUGCCACGUUGAAAUCGUUUGAAAAUUUCCAUACAUAUGUGCCGGUUAAUUUUGUUUUAACCUUCGUACUUGACAGAAAGAACAGAGCAGUAGAACGAACUUUGAAAUGAAGAAAAAGGCCAGUGCUUUCACUUUCAACUUUCAACUGACCAAUAUUUUCUUCUACAGCCGUUGCCGAUACUUGCACGCCAUUCCUUCCGUCUCCUUUCGAAAUCAGAAACAGCGGAACUGGAAUAAACAAAGCCCUGAAAUCAACCCACAGAAUACUUAAUUAUGGCGCUUCUCGUGUCAACCAAAUGCUUCACCAAACUCCCUUCUCCAGCACUUCCAACCUCCACUGUUCACUGCAAAGCUUGUUUCUUUUUGCCCUCCAGAAGCUCGACCGCAGCGAGGAAGCUGCCCAACAACAAAGCCCAUCGCUUCGUAUCUCCUUUUCGCGUUGCAGCGCCGCCUUCUCGCUCUCGGUCUGUGCAGCAGAAAGAACAAAAGGAAGAGAAGCAGGGAGAAGAAGGAGAUUACGGGACUGAAGAGGGAGUAGGGGAAGAAGGUGAUGAUGGGAAGUUCGUUUGGAGGGAUCAUUGGUACCCAGUUUCUCUGAUCGAAGAUUUAGACCCUGCCUUGCCUACCCCUUUCCAACUUCUUGGGCGAGACUUGGUCCUCUGGUUCGACCGCACUAACCAGGAAUGGGUUGCCUUUGAUGAUAAGUGCCCUCACAGGCUUGCCCCUCUGUCUGAAGGUAGGAUCGAUGAAAAUGGGCACCUGCAAUGUUCGUACCAUGGAUGGUCGUUCGGCGGAUGUGGAUCUUGCGCAAGGAUUCCACAGGCGAUGUCAGAUGGUCCUGAAGCUCGUGCUGUCAAAUCUCCAAGGGCUUGUGCUACUAGAUUCCCUACUUUGGUUUCUCAAGGCUUGCUUUUUGUUUGGCCAGAUGAGAAUGGCUUGGAAAGAGCUAAAUCCAUCAAACCUCCAAUGUUGCCUGAUGACUUUGAUAAGCCUGAAUUCUCAUCAGUGACGAUUCAGAGAGAUCUGUACUAUGGCUAUGAUACCUUAAUGGAGAAUGUUUCUGAUCCUUCCCACAUUGAUUUUGCUCAUCAUAAGGUGACUGGAAGGAGAGAUAGAGCCAAGCCAUUGCCGUUUAAACUGGAAUCAAAGGGCCCCUGGGGAUUUGCUGGGGCGAAUGAAGGGAACCCGAGGAUCACUGUAAAGUUUAUUGCACCCUGUUAUUAUAUGAAUAAAGUAGAGAUAGACACAAAACUUCCUCUAGUCGGAGAUCAGAAAUGGGUGAUAUGGAUAUGCUCUUUCAAUGUGCCAAUGGCACCAGGGAAGACCCGUUCAAUCGUUUGCAGUGCUCGAAACUUCUUCCAAUUCUCAAUGCCCGGGCCUGCAUGGUGGCAGGUAGUUCCGAGAUGGCAAGAGCAUUGGACCUCAAACAAGGUAUACGAUGGAGACAUGAUUGUCCUUCAAGGUCAAGAGAAGAUCUUCCAGUCACUAGAAAAAGAUUCUGAAGGAGAUGUAAACAAGCAGUACACCAAAAUCACAUUCACUCCCACUCAAGCUGACCGAUUCGUCUUGGCAUUCCGCAACUGGCUGAGGCGACACGGCCAACCCGAGUGGUUCAGCUCUACUCCUCCCCAACAGCCUCUGCCCUCCACUGUUCUCUCAAAACGUGAGAUGCUGGAUAGAUUUGAGCAGCACACCAUGAAAUGCUCCUCCUGCAAACAAGCAUACUCGACAUUCCAGACAUUGCAGAAGCUACUGAUUGCCAUGACUGUUGCCCUCUGUGGGAGUGCUGGUAUUCCUUCUGAGAUUCAGCUCCGGGUUUUACUUGCUGGUCUGGGUCUCACGAGCGCAGCUGUUGCUUAUCUACUCUACCAGUGGGAGAAGAACUUUGUAUUUGUCGACUAUAUACAUGCUGAGAUCGAUUAAAUCAUAAAUUUUCUGCCUUGGAAUGAAUGUAACAAGUAGAA